UGGGCCUGUCGUCACAGGGGACGACCAGCUCCUCGAGCACCGACUCUGAGGUGGAGUGCGAGACCAGGACUGCAGAAGGGGCUGUUGUACAGGACUCCAGCGAAGAGAGUUUGACCACAGACAGAGAGGCAGUGGAUGGGAACAUCAUGUCCAGGAGGGACCCCGGCUCCAGGAAUGGCCAGUUAAACGGAGGAGAGAAAGCAAAGGAGAGCAGCAGUGAAAGACUGCGCCCCGGGAGCUCGGACCCCUCGCCGGCCCUGCGGCGCCCCGCCCAGGACUCGGCAGAGCGCACUGCCGGGAGGAAGGAGCCUGCCUCUGCCUUCAGCAGGUCCAGCUCGGUGCGCGACCGGGUGAAGAAGUUCACCGAGCCGGAGGCCAGCGUCUCGGGGCAGAGGAGGGCAGCUGUCCGCAACGGGGCCGUGCCAAGCUAUCGCGUGCAAACGCCGGUGUCGAAGGUGACCAGCCUCUUUGAAGACCACUGCCUCCGAAAGCCCUCCAGGGUGGAGAGGGAGCCCAGAGGAAGGGAGAGGAACGGGAGAAAUGUGUCGGGUCCUACCUCUUCCCAGGAGAAAGCCGGGCGCUCCGGUGCGGGCUCUGCGUCCUGCGAGAGCUCUGCCGCUCUGUCCCGAAGCGGGGCUGGGAGGUGGCGGGGGCUGCCAGCUGACGCGCCGGGUCCUGGAGCGCCCCCCCCCUCGGAGCUCGAGAGCAGCCAAUCCCAGGCCUCCGAGGUCACGUCAUCGAGGGAUGAAAAGCUGAGACCCGGCUCGGCCAGCUCAGACCAGCACAGCACCCCGAGGGUGGCACCUGAGAGUCCCACCCCCAGCGCUCCUGCCCCCUGCCAGGCACAGGACCCCGACAUGAAGACCCUGCUCACCAUCGAGAUCAAGAACGGGCACCCCUCAGGCUCCGGCAAUGGCGCCCGGGUGACGAGGAGCCCCGUGGGCCAGCGGGCAGAGCUGACCCUGGGCCUGAGAGCCGCACCCUUCAAGAUCUCCAGCGGAGUCGGCAAGAUGGAGACGGAGUCGCCUGCAGCCCUCCAGCCCUCGGAGGCGGCCCCCAGCGAGGCCACCGCCGUGCCCAACGGCUCCGAGGAGCCCAGGGGGAAGGGGGCGGACAAGCCGGGGACACUCACCCCGGAGGACCUGGCCGCUGUGGACGACGAGGUGGUCCUGGACAAGAUGCUGGACGAGGCAACGGACUUCGAGGAGCGGAAGCUGAUCAGGGCGGCGAUGAGGGAGCUGCGCAAGAAGAAAAGAGAGGUCCUGCUUGGACUCGGCCAGGAGGAGCCAGACCAGCGGGAGAAGGAGCGAGACCUGCGGCUCCAGGAGCUGCAGAGGAAGCAAGAGGAGAAGAAGCCCAAGCCGACGAGCUCUGGGGAGCUGGUGCUCAAGAAGACGGAGAAAUCGUCCGACGGCUCUACUGUCAGCGCUCUCACCAAAACUGACCGCUUCUCCCACUCUGAUAAUGGCAGCAGGUCAUCCCACAGCACCACAGUGGAGGCCAGUUACAUCCAGAGAUCAGACAGAGGAACCACAGUUCAGACCAAAUCCUACAGCUACUCCUCCAGCACAACCAAGAAAGUGGGCAGUGUUUUUGACCGCGAGGACGACUCCUCGCCCCGCGGCGGGGGGCUGGCGGCUCUGGAGAGGAAGCAGGCGGAGCGGCGCAAGGAGGUGAUGCGAGCCCAGACCCUGCCCAAGACCUCCGCCGCGCAGGCCAGGAAGGCCAUGAUCGAGAAGCUGGAGAAGGAGAGCGCGGGACCAGCCAAUCCCGCGGUGUCCCGGGUGGUGAAGAUGCAGCGGUCGUCCAGUUUCGGGGUCCCCAACGCCAACUCGAUCAAACAGAUGCUGCUGGACUGGUGCCGUGCCAAGACCCGUGGCUAUGAGCACGUCGACAUCCAGAACUUCUCGUCCAGCUGGAGUGACGGAAUGGCGUUCUGUGCUCUGGUGCACAACUUCUUCCCCGAUGCUUUCGAAUACUCCUCCCUCAACCCCCAGAACCGGCGGCACAACUUUGAGGUGGCCUUCAGCUCAGCAGAGAGCUUCGCUCACUGUAUGCCCCUGCUGGAGGUGGAGGACAUGAUGAUCAUGGGCAGGAGGCCGGACUCUAAGUGUGUCUUCACCUACGUCCAGUCACUCUUCAAUCACCUGCGCAGGUACGAGCUGGCCUGCCGUGGCUACACCGACUUCUAACUGCAGGACACAGACGCUCUGCCUUCCCGGGACCCGGCUCAUCCCUCUGCACCUCAAACGUACUGCUGUCGGCCCUUGUGAAGCCCCUUGUGCAAGGCCUGCCUGUCAGCUCUGUUGCUUAUUGACUGAACCAUAAGGUCUAUACUUUCAUCUGCUGUGGCCGGCUGAGUCUGGCUUUUCCAAUCUUCAUGGUGUUAAACAAAUGCCCUGGGGGUUUGGCCAAGAUCGGGUUUAUUCUGUUUUUCUUAGACAGUUCAGAAGUACAGGAGCAUUUCAUUACCAAAAUAAAGAUUGCUAUCCAGAAUUUUCCCAAGUAGUGGCACUCGGCGUUUAUUAUAAUUCAGGAAUAGCCUGAGCAGAUCUAGUGCUCAUGUGAUAUUGUAUUGCAUCUAGCAGGUCCAACAACUAGCCAUUGUAUUUGUUUUAACUUAGUGGUAAAAUCAAUGAAAUGCACUUUUCACAAGCUGAUGAAGAGUAAAAGGGUGAUGGUUAAACCCCACAUUGUGCUCAUUGUAUCCCUACACGGGCUGUUGGUGGUAUAUUGGAUGUUGGAUGGUUCCAGCACUUGGCCUGAACUUUAGAUUCUGUAAUUUACAAGCCCCGCAAUUCCCGAUGUCCAUCCCUGAGGAUUUCCCACGCCGUCUUCAGUCUAACCAGAGCGGCUCGGGAUCACACCACUUCUAUCACUUUAGCAGCAGGACUGGUUUCUGGUGGCACAGGACUGUACCAGCCCUUUAACUGGGCUCGUGUCGUUUGUGCCGUUAUAGGUCAUUCAGGUCAAAGUGAUGGAAGGGAUCUAAGUGAUUGUCCCACAUCCUAACGCCACUGUCUAAGCUAGGGGAUCUUUACUGACUGCACUCGGGCCUGAGUGAAAUGGCCCAGCUGUGAUCUCUUUCACGUCACACAUCAAGGGCUUUUAACAGCUUUACUGCUUUAUUUAUGACGGUAAAAUUAUUGUGAAAAUAAAUGAAAGACAGACCCUUCCACCAUGUCCUGCCUAUGUGAGAGCCUCUGAUGAUUUCAGUGAGUCGUGAGCUGAAACAAAGUUUUAAUAAAGACUAAAGAAGUCUAAAAUAUCACCUGUGUGAAGGAAGUAGGUUGGGCCGGACAGUUAUCAGUGUUCUUCAGACUCCAGUCCCGGUACAGAAGCUGUAAUAUAAUUUACUAUACUGCAUGCUUUUUAAACACACAUGAACUUGAAUUGUUUUUUAUUAUUUAAAUAAAUGUGUAAGCACUGGUAUGGAAAGUAUAUUUCAUCUGUAUUUUUUUUUGUGAUAACCAGUAUGCUUCUGCCUUCAGUCUGGACCCUGGACACCUGUCCUCUAACUUGAAAUUGCAAUUCUUAAACCAGAAAACAAAAGACCAUACCAGCAUAUUGCACUAGUGUCAGCAAAAUAGGUAAACAAUUUUCACUGAAAUAAACAUUUCAGUGAAAUUUAAUGUUUGCCUGAGAUUUUAGAUUGAAUUGUUUAGAAAGCCCCUUGGUCAGUUGGAUUUUUUUCUUAAAUUCAGAACCUCCCAGGGUUUCCUUACCAGAAAGGGUUUGAUUUUGAACUUCAGAGCAGGAAAGAAUAGCUUUUGAAGUUGCCAUACAAAAUCCACUCAGAGCUUCUCGGAAGCAUGAGGUUGUAGUUGAACAUGUGGAGAGACGGAGCUCCACCCCAGUGACAGACUGCACAGCUUGUCGUUGGCGUGCUCGUGUCACUGUCCCGUCUCUGGCCAUCCUGGCAGUCUCAGGGCCAGACUGAAGUGACCGCUUUCUGUCGGCUUCCCGCUGGGAGCAGCCACAGGCUUUCUGCUAAACACUGCCAGCAGCACAGCUCUGCAGGGAAAUAUUUUUAAUCAUGUACAAUGUUUGGUUUUGUCUAUUUGUCUUUGAUGUAUUCUGACACUUUUUACAACUUUUAAUACCUGGUUUGUGUUAAACUAAAUGUUAUGUCUAAUGAUUUUGAUAGGAUGAGCAGGUUUUGGUCUUUGAAGUUGCUGAAUGACUGUGUUACAGUGUUAAAUACAGAGCCCAAAUAGGGGAUGUCUGAACAGAUAAAGUAAUUUACAAAGCUGUCAUGCCCCUUUGACCUCAUACCUCCCGGAGGGCUGUCAUGUUGGAUGAGUCAUGUUCCUCUGCUGGAAGGAGCGAUUAUUUCGGUGCGAUUUAAGGACGAAGAAACAGGCCGAGUUGCCACCUGUGAGCACCUGCUGAGCCAGUGAGGUCCAGUGAGGGGCUGGGUCUUGGUUUGAGCUGUGGCCCUGUCUCCAUACGUUGUAUCUGAAUUAAUCACCUGUAAAUGGGCUUCGUAUGAAUUGAUUAAGUCCACAAACGGACUGCUGCCAACCGAAACAAGUUAGUUACUCAUCCCAAAUUAUGACUUGACACCAUGUGAAACUUAGCUGUUGAAAUAAAUGCUAUGUAUUUUAAAUUCUUCAAAACUAAACACUAAUAGAAAUCUGCUUUUGGGUGGUUGCUAAAUGAUUUGGGGCUUAAAUUAAAAAUGACCUUCUCAUCGGGAUGACCAGUAACACAGUACUGUCAAAUAUGACUAAGCAGACUUUUUUUCCCUGUCCUUAAACUUGUGAUGUUGGUGUCUAGUCCUUAAGCAGAAGUGCUGUAACUGCUGCAAACCCAUUUACUGUAGACGUGAACUCUGGUGCCUGAAGAGAGCUGGCUGUGGUGCUCUCCAUGAUGUUAUACUGGCAAGAGAUGCUUGUUCCCAGCCAGCUCCCCCUAGUCACUCAUUUUUAAGUUGUACAAAUAAACUAUUUUAAAUCUC